CCGGCUAUGCGAGGGUGAGAGACUAGUUGAAGUAGCAAAGAGUUUUUGAAAGGGAAAUGGGGAAUUUGGCGGGAAUGGAAGGGAGUGAGAGUGAAGCGGUGUUUGAUGCUCUCAAUCUGAACCCACAACUCUUCUGUAACGAAGUUCUGAACAACGUGGACGAUGUUCUCGAUGAAGCUUUCGAUUUUUUCUAUCAGGACGCAUCCACGAAGUUGAACAUCGAAGGCACCCAAAAGUCCCAAGAUCUGAAAAGGGGUGUUGAUUGCAUUCGUCAGAGGGUUCAAUCUGUUUUGGACAAACAGCUUGGUGCUUGGGAGAAUUACAUCAUCCGUCACUGUUUUUCUCUCCCCCGAGGUUUUCGUUUGCCAAACACGGAUGAAUCAACUGAGAGUGGCCAUGAUCCAGGUGCUCCUUUUGAUCCAGAUAUAGAUGCUCAGUUAGAUUCUUUGAGAGAGAAAUUAACUGAGGUAAUAAGAAUGGUGGCGAAGGAUUCUGAAAUGCUUAAUCAAGAAAUUCAACUAUUAGAAAGAAAGUCUACUGUCAAUGCUGGAUAUAUCAAUGAAGCAGUACAAUUAUAUGAGAAAAACUCUAUGAAUGAGUUGUUUCAGGAGAUUGUGACCACUGCCUCAGAACUUAGAAUGAAGUUGGGAAAGCUAAACUCCAGCAUGAUUGAAGAGACUGACCAAAUGAAAACAAAAAGGAUCUAUAGCACAGAAAUGGAUCUAUCUGCUGUACAUUCUGCUAAAGGACUCUCAAAUAAGAACUUAGACGACAUUGAAGAAUUUGUAGGUAUCAUGAAGAGUAUGUGAACUUGUCAUUUUCAUCAAUCUAGUUGGACUGGACGCUGCGUGUUUUACCCA